AUGAGUACUGUUAAGAAAGAGAUAUGUGAUAUUCUCGGUUUAAACGAUGAGGUAGUGGCAGAUUUUGUGCUGGAUAUUAAUAAAAAAUGCUCUUCACAGGAAGAGUUUGUCCAACAGUUGCUAGAAAUGGAUCAAGAACUUAGCUCUGCGGUAAUAUCAAAGUUGUAUACGGCGAUUAAUGGAAGCUUACAAGAUAAUACAAUAUCUGUGGCUCAUGCUCUUUUGUCCCAACAGUUAAAUAUCCAAGAUGAGGUAGUAACAAAGUUUAUCGUUGACGUAUGUAAGAAGAGCGAAACAAUGGUCAAAUUUAGAGAUACUUUAAAAGAAAUGGAUGCCGGUAUUCCAAACAACUUAGCCCUUCGGAUUUUCAAUAUUGUUCAUGCGAAAAAACCUGUGGAAACGAAACAGGAACCAGAAGUUAAAUUGGAAUUACCAGCAUUAUCUUUGCCAGAUUCUAGAAUAACAUUACAAGAAGACAUACAGGAAAAGCCUACAAGACCUUCAAGAUAUGCACCAAAUGUGGACCCAGAACCAGUAGUAGAUAAGGUAUACCGAGGAAAAGUUCAGAACAUAACUAGAUUUGGAUGCUUUGUUAAAAUCCUAGGUGUGAAGAGUGCAAAUGCCAGUGGGUUAGUGCACAUAUCGGAGAUGAGCUCAUCGCACGUAGAAAGACCAGAAGAUAUCGUACACCUUCACCAAGAUGUAUAUGUUAAAGUAAUAAAGAUUCAGAACAAUAAAAAGAUAUCACUAAGCAUGAAGGGUAUAGAUCAAACGACUGGCGCUGAACUUGAACCUCGUGGUAGAAAGGCAGAAAGAUCCAUUAUUCCUAGGAGGAAAUUAACGUCCCCAGAGAGAUGGGAAAUUAGACAGCUUAUAGCAAGUGGUGCGGCAAGUAUUGAUGAUUACCCAGAAUUGAAAGAAGACUAUAAUAUUAUACAGAGUACAACUACAGAAGAUAAGAAACAUGAAGAUCAAGAUGAAGAGCUAGAAGUUGAGAUAAAUGUUGAUGACGCUCCAAAGUUUUUGAAAGGUCAAGUAAAACCUGAUAGAAAAUAUGAACUGCCCUCAAUCACCAAGGUUCCAAAGGGUUCACUAAAUAGAUCCGCAAUGACGGGCUCAUAUACAAUGAAAGAGCAUAGAGAAGAAAAGAUAAAGCGGAAGAAAGAAGUGGAGAAGAAAUUAAAUAAAUCAAAACAACUAAACGAUCCUGCCAACCCGAAGGCUCUAACUAAUUCAGAGUUUGAUGCUAGACAACUAGUUGCCUCGGCUUGGGAGAGAAGCCGAAUGAAAGAGCGCGUCUCAUAUGGGAAACGGACUUCCUUACCAAUAAAACAACAAAGAGAAAGCUUACCGGUCUUUAAAAUGCGUCAACAAUUGGUAGAUGCUGCUCGGGAGAAUCAGUUUCUAGUUAUCGUUGGUGAAACAGGAUCAGGGAAGACGACUCAACUAACUCAAUAUUUCGAUGAAGAAGGGUUUAGUAGUAACGGAAUGAUUGGUUGCACACAGCCUAGGAGAGUGGCAGCUGUUUCCAUUGCUAAGAGAGUAGCAGAGGAAAUGGGUUGUAAUGUUGGUGAAGAAGUUGGUUAUACAAUUAGAUUUGAGGAUCAUACAUCGUCAAAGACGAGAAUAAAGUACCUUACGGAUGGUAUGCUACAGAGAGAGGCUCUAUUGGAUCCUCUAAUGUCUCGUUAUUCUGUUAUCUUACUUGACGAAGCGCAUGAAAGAACUGUUGCUACAGAUGUCCUCUUCGCUCUUUUAAAAAAAGCAGCGUUACAGAGACCUGAUCUUAAAGUGAUCGUCACUUCAGCAACGCUAGAUUCAGAUAAAUUCUCCAAAUAUUUCAUGGAUUGCCCAAUCAUAAAUAUCCCAGGUAAAACAUUUCCGGUCGACGUUCUUUAUUCCAGCAAACCUCAAAUGGACUACAUUGAAAGUGCACUUGAUACAACGAUGGAAAUUCACAUUAACGAGCCGGAAGGUGAUAUAUUGGUAUUUUUAACAGGACAAGAGGAAAUUGACACAUGUUGCGAGAUAUUAUACGAGAGGGUGAAAGCUCUCGAAGGCACAAUUUCUGAACUUAUCAUCCUUCCUGUAUAUUCGGCAUUACCAAGCGAAAUCCAAUCAAGGAUUUUUGAACCAACUCCAAAGGGGUCAAGAAAAGUUAUAUUUGCAACCAAUAUCGCAGAAACAUCUAUCACGAUCGAUGGUAUUUAUUACGUGAUCGAUCCUGGUUUUUCAAAGGUCAAUACGUACAAUCCAAGAAUGGGAAUGGAGCAACUUCUUGUUACGCCAAUAUCUCAAGCCCAAGCAAACCAAAGGAAAGGUAGAGCUGGUAGAACCGGCCCAGGUAAGUGUUACAGACUAUAUACAGAAUCUGCCUUCAAAAAUGAGAUGCUUCCAAAUACUAUCCCUGAAAUCCAGAGGCAAAACUUAGAGCACACAAUUUUAAUGCUCAAAGCUAUGGGAAUAAACGAUCUACUCAACUUUGAGUUUAUGGAUCCUCCUCCAAAAGCCUUCAUGAUAUCAGCAUUGGAAACACUUUUCAAUUUGCAGGCUUUAGACGAAAAUGGGUACUUGACAGUGUUGGGGAAAAGGAUGUCGCAAUUUCCAAUGCAACCAGGUCUUUCAAAAACAUUACUUGCCUCUGUUGAGAACAAUUGUUCUGAAGAACUCCUUACUAUUGUUUCGAUGCUUUCCAUUCAAAGUGUAUUUUAUAGACCCAAAGACAAACAACAAGAGGCAGAUCAACGGAAAGCUCGAUUCCAUCAUCCAUACGGUGACCAUCUAACAUUACUCAAUGUUUUUAAUAAGUGGCGCGAGAGCAAUUAUUCAAAAUCAUUCUGUACCACCAACUUCCUACAUGAACGUCAUUUAAAGCGCGCUCUAGACGUCAGAGAACAAUUGAUUAAUAUUUUUAAGAAGAUGAAUCUACCAUUGAUAAGCUGCCACGGUGACGUUGAUGCGAUAAGAAAAACAUUAGUAUCCGGAUUCUUUAGAAACGCUGCCAAGCGAGAAUCGCAGGCAGGUUACAAAACAUUAACGGAUGGUACGCAGGUGGCUAUAAGCCCAGGAAGCUCCUUAUACGGAAAGGAAUAUGACUACGUCCUCUACGACAGCAUUGUGUUGACAUCCAGAGAAUAUAUGAUGCAAGUCACUGCAAUUGAACCGAAAUGGCUGUUGGAAAGUGCUCCUCACUUUUACAAAGUCGCUGAUCCUAAUGGAAGUAGUAGGAAAAAGGCAAAGAUCGUGCCUCUAAAUGAUAAAUUUGCACAAAGCAAGGAUUCCUGGAGAUUAAGUUCCAUCAGAGCGAACAGGGACAAGAAGCUUGGAGGCAAAAGAUAG